AGAGCGGGGAACCCCGCCGGUUGCGGGCGUUGCGGCAGUCUAGUGCGCGCGGCCGGUGAGCACGCACGCACACAGCAGAACCGGCCGCAUCGCGUGCGUGACAGCUCCUGCUUGCUCGGCCGGCCGUAGCGCGUGCGUGCAGCCAUGAGCGCUGCGUCGAGCGACGACAGCGGCGUGGAGCUGCACAAGCGGCGCAACAAGCGCAAGUCGAGCGAGCCCCGGCGCCGGCGGCUGCUGGGCGGCCGGCCCCGCCCCUGCCGUGAUGCGGACACAACCGAGGACGACUCGGCUGAGGAGCGCGUGCCGACGAUUUCAUCGGCCGCCGCCGGCCGCGGCUCUGUCAUCCGCGAGGUGCGGCGGGCUGCGCCGGACGAGGGCCUCGACCUGACCACGACGUCCAACUCGCCGGCCACCUCGGCCACGUCCAACACUGCCGGCGGCACCGAGGGCGAUGACGAGUGCCUCCUCGACUUGCGGUCGACGGCGACCCACUCGUCGGUGUUCGAAUCCCGCGAGACCGGCGUCGUGCUGUUUGGCGGACACAUGACGCUGUCCGAGGAGUCGGCACACCGCGCGCCGGCUCUGCCCGCUCGGCCCGGCUCUUGGACUCCACCGUGCAAGAGACGCGCCGCAGACGAUGGCGCCUUGGCUGGCAACUUGCGGGACACCUCCUGCCUUCGAGACAAGCGGAUAGCGCUCUCCGUGUACGAUAACGCGUCAUCCUUCCCUAGUGCCAGCACGUCGACGGCACGCGAGACAUUCGACGCGAGUGACGUGGAACUAAUUCCGAGGACUAGCAGGACGUCUCCGUGCCUGGACAGUACUAGUGGCGGCAGUCGCGUGGCGCAGCGCAACUACAAGGGCAUGACCAGGCAACGGCGCAUCGAGGCGAACGCCCGGGAGCGCUCGCGCGUCCACACAAUCAGCGCGGCGUUCGAAGCGUUGCGGCGCGCCGUGCCGGCGUACGCGGACAACCAGAAGCUUUCCAAGCUGGCCAUCCUACGGAUCGCAGCCGCCUACAUCGUGGCCCUGGCUCGGCUCAACGAGAAAGACUACAGCUACGACCAGCGGGCCCCCUCGUUUGCCGAGUGCAUCGACCUGUGCACGCGCACCAUCCAGGCCGAGGGCAAGGCCAGGCGCAGGAGCACCGCGGCCGCCUCGAAGGACUCCCUGGAGCUGUCUAGCUGACGUCGGGGCGAGAGCGGCGCGGCGGCACCCAGUCACUCAACGUCCCAACCGUGAGCGCCGCCGACUGCGCCAGCCCCGUCAGCCGCCCAGCGAGCGAGCUUGGCUCAGCAGCGCGCCAUCACCUGGCAGUGCAGCCAUAUUGCAGGGCAGCUUUCGCGCUCUGUUGUGUAGAGACUAACGCAACCUGUGUGCAAGCUGCUGAGUGUGAUAGACCUCCACACUGAAAGGAGGAAAAAAAAAUACCCGAACUGCUUUUUAAUUUAAGGAAUUGAUUAGUGACUGUCUUGGCACGGCGUUUGUUUCGUCAUUGUUGUUCUUGCGUAAGGUAUUUUCUCGCGAAAGACGGCACUUACGGCAAUUGUUUCACUGGUGCUUCUCGUCAGAGUGAGGAAGAGGAACACGCCUACGUAACCAAGCGACAUUUCCGCUAUUUGUGCUGUCGUUGUCGCGCAAGCUUAUCUGACUGGCUGCUGGACUGGCCUCAAAGCUGACGUUAUCCAGCCCAAUGAUUUGAGCAUAAACAAAGCAUGAUUCCAUUUGGCAGCUGGGAUACACUGACUGUUAACUUGUCCUCACAUAUGCGAUUUUUAAUUUGCCAACACUCAUGCUUUUUGCCAUCGUGGUCGGAAAACACUGGUUGCGUGUGCCACCGGUAUUGCAGACUCACUACCAGCAGGAAAAAAAUGUUUCUUUGUGACAAGGCGUCCCGACGACUUGUGCGAGGGCCAUGACUUUCGUGGACGCGCAGCGGCGGGGAACAACAAACCACUAAACGAAAAAAGUAAAAAAGGAAGGAAGGCAAAUGGAUUGGAGAGGACAGACAAACUUUUCCACUUAUUCCUAUAGGAUGGUUAAAGACCUUGACCAUCCGCUACAACUGCACCAUCUUACCUAGAUAUCGUCAGACGUAUGUGCGUGGAGAAUGCAGAUGUGCGGGCGAGAAAAUCAUGAGCAGCGCGCCGGUCAGCUCUGCACACAAUUCCUUUUUUUUUUUUUUCAAAUGAGGCGUCACUGUAAACAGUGUGGCGAUAUGUAGGGUAACAAAGUGUCAACACUGUCACCACUGAAGCACCCAGUUUGCUUUCAGUCACUUCCUUCCAGUACGCACGCAGUUCUGUGCUUGGUGUCUACAGUUAGUGGCCAAGUUAGUUGUUGGUGCUAUAGUGUUUCAGAAAGCCCAUUGCUCUAUCGUCGACGCAACAGCGCCGCGCACGCAUUCUGGCAUAAAACGAGUCACUUUCGGCGCAUGUUACAUGGUUUCAACCUAGCGAUGCUGCAAGAAUGUGGUCGCACUUGUGCGUGUGAACCUGCCACCCGAAAAUCCUUUGGAAGAUGAGAGAGAGAGAGAGAUUAAAAGACUGAAGUCGUUCACAUGGUGGUAGCCCUCAUAAACAUUGAGUGUCAGGGUGAGCUAGCUCACCCUAACACGCAUCACACGAUCCAAACGAAGAUGAGCAAUUAGCCCUGUUUGUUGUGCGUAACCGGAUGACAACGUGUUGUAGCCUUUUAGAAUGAAGUAAUGUAGCUGAGAAGUUUAGUGAGCUUAAGACAACGAAUGUAGCGAAAUACUCCGUCGGCUAUUUGUAGAACAAAGGGAUGAUAGUUGCUUUUCUUAAUUAAGGACUUGAUGAAUGGAAAAAAGAAAAAGCUCGUGGCAACAGAAGGUGUCGUAUAGGUGGCCUAAGUGCAAUUAAGACGAUAUGAGCAGUGUUGAAAGGGUGAUUCUAACUCGUCUGUUCAACUUCGACCAUUUUCGUCCUUCACCAGAUGUCGUUCCGGCGUUAUCCCAUGAUCUGCCUGUCAGCGUGACAUAUACAAGCGCAGAACAAAAAACAAAUGGUAAUAGUUUGUACUGCAUUGGCCCUCUAUUCCGUCUAGUACGUGGCGGCAUGCUGUUUUAAAUUUUUUUAGCAGCACGAGUGGCAACACUCUUCUUGAAUAGGGUUUUGUUCAGUCAAAGGUAGAGGAAACAGAGCACCUGUUAAAUGGUUUGCAUCACUGCAUGUGCUAGGCACAUCUCUCUAUAUGGUUUUGACAUCGAAAGCUAAAGCCGCAACUACGCUGUAAAGUCAAUCUUUUAAGGCUGGAAGUGUCGUCUGCAUAUAUUAUUGAACAACGAGUGCUUGUUUGUAAUUAGCACCCUUCACAAAAUGAAAAAAAAAAAAAAAACUUGUUUGGGGUUGUUAUGGAUGCUUUGUUCUUUUUUAAAAACUCAGCGUCAAAACAACGUCUGCUCUUUUUCUUCAACUUACGCUCGGUUUAUAGUGUGCCGUUGAACACGGGCCACAACGGCCGCAAUCCAAAUAGCGCGAAAUGCAACAAUGCUGGUUCAUUUUGGAUUUGCGUGUUCGUUGGAGAACAUGGUGUAGUCAGGAUUGAUUCAGAGACCACCACCGCGUCACAGACCGCAUUGCUGCUUUCGGAUGUUCGACACCAUCGAGCAUUUUGGAUCCUGCUUGAAGAAAAUAGUUUAUUGAACUUUGCACCUUUUGUUUCCCCGGUAAAGAAAGAGCAGCGACCAACACUCCGUAGCAUCGUAAAUCUUUCGUUCACAAUUGUUGCGGUGUCGAACGACAGAAGAAAAAUAAAAAGAAAGCUGCAGCGAAUGGUUCCGGAUUUACCUCUAUAAUUCGUCUUCAAAAGUAAGCAAUUCCAAACAAAUGUGUUGGCAAGGAAAAAAAAAAAUGUUGGUACAUUGGAGCCUGCGUGCUGCUGAAAUUAAUGUGGCCCUCUUUGUCUUGUGUGAUUUUUAUUCGAGAGAGUAACAUUUCAGUGUUCAAGACCAGAUAGCCUUGGAGAUCGUACCGUCCUGACCGCAGGCUCUGAACCGAUUGUCGUUGCUUACAACCGUCCAUGGACGCGCACUUGUGAAGACUUACAACCUCGGAUUUGAUUCGUUGGACUAGGAACGACAAAAUGAUGCUCUCCCUUGAUCUAAUCUACGUCUCUGAACUACUUAUACAAAACGGAGAGCGUUUAUGCACUCGUAAAGGCCGUGCACUGACUUUCACAAUGGUGGGAAGUGGGAUGACUACCACAACAGGACCAUCCACUUAACUACCGUACACUUGAGGAUCAAUAAUGCUCGAUAUACAGUUCACGAAGGUAUACUGAGACUUCGAAUGUGUCUUGCUCCGUGUUUUGCUUGUAAACUGCUCGCGCAAGGGGGUCGUUAUCCAGCGACUGAUUUGUACACACGCGUAGUGAUAUGUGUGAAUUUAGUCAACUCAAGGCAGCGAUAGGCGACAAGCACCUGUCGCUUCAUCGGCGCGAAGGGUAUGAAACGACGAGGGAGCGAAUUUGAACAUUACGUAUUUUAAAUUGCGCUUUCGGCUUUUCAAUUGUCUACGAGCUAAGCAACAUCCAGAUGGGAGCGCAGCUGCUAUAAGAACGGUGACCGCGCGCUCUCGUCGUGCGCCACCUCCAUGCCGCGUGCGGCCGUCAGUCAGAGACCGCUGCCACGCUUCAUAGAAACAGCUGUGUUCGCGGAUUACGUGCUCUCGUUCACGGAAUAGGUGGGCACAUUGUGGCGCCUCUUUAUACUGUGUCGACAUCUAGUGAGUGUACGUGCAUUAUUUGUAGUGUGGAAGAGGACAUUCGUGCCUGACUCAAGUGCCCGCAUCGUUCAUUUCAUUGUGUGCAAGACCAAAAUGGGUGUGCAAAUCGAAGAAUAAAUUAUAUAUUUGCGUCGCA